CAUACAAAGGCACCACCCACAUGCAAAUCCUCACUUAGGCACCCACAGGAAACCACCACACAUAUCCUUAAAUUCAGGGUCCAGCUCACAUGGGAAAUGCUGAGAAUCAUGGACCUCCUGUGCAAGAACAUGAAGCACCUGUGGUUCUUCUUCCUCCUGGUGGCAGCUCCCAGAUGGGUCCUGUCCCAGGUACAGCUGCAGGAGUCCGGCCCAGGAGUGGUGAAGCCUUCGGAGACCCUGUCCCUCACCUGCGCUGUCUCUGGUGGCUCCAUCAGCGGUUACUACCUCUGGAGCUGGAUCCGCCAGCCCCCAGGGAAGGGGCUGGAGUGGAUUGGGUAUAUCUAUGGUAGUAGUGGGAGCACCAGCUACAACCCCUCCCUCAAGAGUCGAGUCACCAUUUCAAUAGACACGUCCAAGAACCAGUUCUCCCUGAAGCUGAGCUCUGUGACCGCCGCGGACACGGCCGUGUAUUACUGUGCGAGACACACAGUGAGGGGAGGUGUCCACUCCCAGGUGCAGCUGGUGCAGUCUGGGGCUGAGGUGAGGAAGCCUGGGUCCUCAGUGAAGGUCUCCUGGAAGGCUUCCAGAUACACCUUUACCAGUUAUGUUUUGUAUUGGGCCCUGGUGAGGAGCCACUCUAUGUCUGUGCCCUUCCUCAGUGUCCUCACCAUGGGGUCUGCACUGAUCUGGGCUUCCCUUCUAAUCACCCUCAAUAUUAGUGUCCCUUGUGAAUCAGGUCCAGCUAUGGUUGCUCCACAUGGGGCUGUUCUCAGUCUGUUCCUUCUGUGUUUGCAGAAGACCUGUGUGAAGUUCACUGGAGUAGUCUGA